AUGUCACUCCCUGAGCCUGCAUCGUCACCGCAGAUUCUGCGCAUUCCUAGGACCGAUGAGCCAGAUACUCAUGUGCUUCUCUAUGUUUCUCGCUUCGAUGCUACCCUUCUGGAUCUGAACAUAGCUGCCACAGAAGGAGAGACCCCAUAUACUACCACCGUGAGACAGUCUCGACUCAAGAACCUCCGUGCAAAAAAUUACCAAGGCAGUGAUGAUGAGUGGACUCAAACAGUGUCGUAUGUUCUUGGACAACUUCCAGCAUCGGCCGGUAUACCCGAUUGGGCUUCUGGUAUCGAAGCCUUCGCCAGUAUCUCUGGUUCCGGCGAUGAUGACAAGGAGAUGGUUCUCACAAUACGGAAAAAAAUAGAAGCCAUAACACAAAAACUCGGCACUAUAAUCCUCAAACAAGAUGACGAGCAAGCAAUUGAGCUCUUCGAUUGGUCUGGAAUCGCUGUCGCAAGGGCAAGUUCCCUUGAACAUCGGCUCUCUUCCUUGAAUAAUCGUUUUCUCACCGCCGAGAACACGAUUCACCAACUCAGCAGACAGCUUGAGGAGUUGAUCAAUGCCAAGAGUCAACAUGAAAACCAGAUCAUAGCUGAUUUCGGACAAUUGCUCAAUGAAAAAAAGCUCAAAAUUCGCAACCAGCAGCGCCUUCUUGCUUCUGCAAAGGUAGAUCCAAUCAAAGUUUCCGAGAUACGGGCAGCGACAUUAGGUAGGUAUGGUAGGUCUACCGAUAAGGGCCAGCGUUUAAAACGUGCAGCUCGGGAUCUAGGGCACAGUGGAUCGGAAAGUGAGGAUGAAUUUGAGAAGAUGGAAGUCGACAACGCUGGUUAUCAGGAUAGCCGAGAGGAGGAUCAGAACACAGAUGGUGGGCAACGCUCAACGCCUCAACCAUUAGAGGAGGAAGAUAACACAGCCACGGAUGAAGAAUUCAGCCCACCAUCACCACCUGUCAAAAAAGGAAAAAGGGGCGAUGUACAGGGACAAGGUCACAAAAUUUCAUCCUGUCGUCCAGUCAUGAAGGAACCAGCGCCUCCUCCGCCACGAAGGCAGCUUCCUUUUGCCAGAAAAAACCAAGAAAAACAGAAUCAGAUCCAGAUAAAUUCACAACUGGCGGGAAAAUGUGCUGAGGGAACUGCUGGGGAGACUGAUGAUGAUGAGCUAUGA